CUAACUUCCUGUACCCAUCCGUCAGAGAUGCCCCCGUCCUCCCGUACAAUUUUACCAUCAGAUGACAGGUUAUUGGUCCUCGAUCUGUCGCGUGCCCGUGGGCACCCCGCAAUUUCCUACCUCUCUCAACCUCUCUCCCCGCGAUCUGGAUCACUUCUCACGAACCUUCAGCUCGCGUGCCGUCUUCGAUCCAGUACCGACUCCAAUGGGUUCACGUCUCGCUACCAGGCGACGAGUACUUACUUGACAGCAAGGAACCUCAGAAAUGCAAAUUUUAGGAUUAGCGUUCAACCCGACGCUCCUUACCCGUUGUCCGGUCAUGUUGACACCCGCGCCCCUAUCUGGGCAUUACCACGGCAUCCUGCGGAAGACCGCGCAUUAAAGAAACGUAGCGAGGUUCAGGACUCGGACAGGUUGACGGGACGAUAGUCUAGAUCCUGGACCGAUGCAUGCGAAAGAGGCCAUCUCGGACCGGCUCUUAAAACGACUCUGCCAUUACUUUCUUUCUCUUCCAACCAUC